CGCGCGGCAGUCUCGCCCCAGCCGCGGCGCGCUAGUGUCGACGCAGCAAUAGAAUAGAACAAUUAUUUAAAAUUUUGAACCGUGUAUCCCGCGCAUUACAGCUGAGGCCUGUAUUGACAACGAAUUUAUACAUAGAUUAAAAAUAAAAAAAUUAAAAAAAAAGUUAUUAAUUGACAGUUUGAUUCGCGGCGAACACACUCAAGGACGGUGUAAUUAGGAAAUUUUGGAUAAGUGCGUCUUUUGCGAUAAGAUAAUUUUUAUAGAAACGUCAUAUUUGUGGCGUGCUCGUGAGUGGUCGAUCGCUUAUUUUGAAGUGAAUAAGUUUUAAUUUUGUGCGACGUGUUGGUUUUGGAUUUUGGUGGUGAAGGUUAACCACCAAAAUGCUAUCCCGGGAGUGCGCAAACACCAGCCAUUAGAUUAAAAACUACCAAACAUGCAGCACACGCGCAACAUGGCAACACGGUGACUAAUUUCGGGCACCGACAAGAGAUGGCGCUUUUAACAAACUCCUCCGCGAGUGGACCAACAGCGGCCCCUGCGGCACCCCAAGCGCAUCACUCCACGACUCCAUUGCACCACUAUUUCCAUUAUCUGAAGCAGCCUUCGCCGUUGUCCCAGAACCCGUAUGCUCAUCAUUCGAGCGCGCAUCACAUGGGGAUGGGGCCUGGCCCGUUGGGGGGUUUGGGGCCGUUCGGGCUGACGCACCACGGGCUUGAAGCUGUGGGGUUCCCGCAAGGCGUGAACCCUAGGAAGCAGAGAAGAGAACGGACCACGUUUACGAGGGCGCAGCUGGAUGUUUUAGAAGCCCUGUUCGGGAAGACUAGGUACCCUGACAUCUUCAUGAGGGAGGAGGUGGCUUUGAAGAUUAAUUUGCCUGAAUCUAGGGUUCAGGUUUGGUUCAAAAACCGUCGCGCGAAAUGUCGGCAGCAACUGCAGCAGCAGACAAACACGCAGAUAUCCAGUAAAUCGUCGUCCGGGUCCAAAACAAUAUCGUCCACGAACGCUAUCAAGAGCAGCAACUCCUCAUCAAAGAUAUCCACAUCCAAGUCCUUAACGAGUUCGAGUUCCAGCCUCUCCACGACGCAAAAUACGUCGAGUAUCACAACAUCAUCGCCGAACCUCCCCAUCACCCCCACAACUUCAGUCAGCCCACCAAUCAAUGUUAUCUGUAAGAAGGAAAGCGCCCCAUCCAACUACGACUCGUCUCCAUUGAACAAGAACUUAUCUUCACUCCACCAUUACAAUUCGAACGACUUAAGAAUCAGCGGGAAGGACUCCUCUCCUUCAGACACGCUGUCCAACGUCCACUCGUACGGCGUUACACCGAAACAGGAGUUAUAUUCGAGUCCGAAAAGACUGGACUAUUCUAGCAAAGUCGAUUAUUCGGAGAAGUCGUUUGGAAGUAACCUAGUUAAAGAUCAGUACAGCUCCCGUUUGACUGGUAACCUGACUCCGUUAGGUUCAAAUUCCUCGAUAAUGACGACGCCCUCUCCUCCCAUAACUCCACAAAGCCUGAACGGGCCGGGGAAUGUUUAUCACCCGGAUAGUUACAAUAGCUUUCAUUGGCCCGGCAGUUCGGAUUAUAUACGAAGUUACUCGAGCUCGCACCAUCAUCAGGGAUAUGGGCAGAGCGCGUAUAAUUCGCCGUAUUAUCCUAGUCAGAUGGAGUACUUCAACGGCGCCUCAGUGAACCAGUCUCACGGUAGCCACGGCCACAACCUCGCCAAUGGCAACCAGCUAUACAAUCAGGUAUCAUUCGGCAACCCGUCUCCGCCCGCCGCGUGGCCCUCCCACAACAUCCUUUCCUCAGGCCCAGAAUCCCCAGAAAACCAAUCCCAAAACUCCCCACACCUCAGCAUGCUACAAGCCUCCCAAAUCACAAAUUUCUCCAACUCAGGCAACAGCUACUUCGCCCCGGAAAAGUACGGCAUUAAUAUGGUGUAGUAUCUCUAGUCUCUUUCUAGGUUAUUGUAAAUAUUAAGGCGGCAGUCCAUCGGAGCGGCGCUCGUUUUCGAUUUCGAUUCGUCAUUCUUGAAUCGGUCUUUUUCACUUUCAAAUGUUCGAGACGUUUCCUCGAUCGUGCCGAUAGCUUUGGCGGGAACGUUUCGGUCGGUUUGCAAGUGGGGAAAAUCGGUUGUACAUUUAUACAUAUCACACCUUCGACAUCAAACGAAACGGACGUCGUUCUGAUAAACUGUCUAUAGUUAAUUGCAAAGGAGAUUCUGUCUAUACUUUGUAAAUUCUCACUUUGGACAAAUGCGCCAACCGUGUUUUCUCGCAUCACAAACUCAGUACAAAAUCAUAACCCCGUAAUGUAAUAACAAUAAAUUAUCACCGAUGAUAACAAAUACGCUUUCCGCAUUUGUCCAAUUUAAUUUACGAAUCGUUCUAAGACUUUUAUUUAAAGCGGCUUUAAAUUCAACGAAUUAUUUAACGGAGGCCUAAGGACGGCUGGCGAGCCACGAAAUUCCAAACGUUAUGUUUUGCAAUGUACAUUCCCAAGUCAUAUCAUUUAAUUUUAAAUUAGUCUAUGUCUAGUGACUAUCGCACUUGCGUUAAAACUAUUGUAAAUAGAGAAUAAGAAUUUUUAUUUUUAAAUGAAUUUUGUAAAUGUGCGUGCUACAGUUGUAUAUGUGACUUAGUAUAAAGUUGUGUUAUUCCUAAAAUGUCGGCAAAUCGCUGUGAUUCACUUCAUUUUCUUUAAUGUACAGUUCGUGUAAAUUAAUUUAUGAUAGUUUAAUUUACUUACGAAAUAAAUGAACGUGGUCGUGUUUCAUUUGAACUUCGAGUCAACUGUGAGAACUGUCAGUGAAAUCAUGCAUUUCAUUUAAAUGUAAAGUAAAUGAAACGAACAAUAAAAUUAUUGAGAGAUUACUAGGUUAUGUAUUUAUGCCUUGGAAUGUAUUGAUUUCGAUUAAUAAAUAUAAUUUGAAUUUAAAUGAACAUUUGAAUCCAAAUGACGUUUUCAUUUAGCGAAAUGACUACAUUUAUUUAUUACACUAUAAAUACAUUUUGCAUAGAUUUGUUUUUAAUUUAAUUUUCGGAAAUGUAGAAUGAAGUAAUAAAUUUGUAACUUAUAGUACAUUUUAUGCUUGGACAUAGAUAAGUUAGGGUUAAGUACAAUUCAUUGUACUAAGUUCGAU